CUUCUCUCCUAUUCCCUACAAACAUAUUACACUAAUCACUGCCAUCUAUCCACUCUGAUCAUUGGGUACCCUAUCAUCAUUAUACACUUGAAAAAUAAUCAGACCAUCUUUUUGGUUUGAACCAGACACGUUUUCAUCAACAGCUGAGAAUGUAUACACUAUCAAUGGCUGAGCCACCGAACUCGGAGGCUGAGUCAAGUAGCAACUCAUUCUCUCCCUCUUGGUCAUCAUCUGGACAAAACACACCAACCAAACACCCCAAAACAGCAAACGCAGAUCCCAAACGGCUCAAAAGAGGUAGAGAGAACUGCACCACCGCGACUACCGCCACCACAAACACAACCAAUAAUGGCAACACUAAACACCCAGUUUACAGAGGGGUUCGAAUGCGAACAUGGGGAAAAUGGGUCUCAGAGAUCCGAGAGCCCAGAAAGAAGUCUCGGAUCUGGUUAGGUACAUUCUCGACCCCAGAAAUGGCGGCGCGUGCCCAUGACGUCGCCGCCAUAUCCAUCAAAGGCAAAUCUGCGAUCCUCAACUUCCCUGAACUCGCCGAGUUACUGCCUCGACCGGCCACGUGCUCGGCACGUGACGUCCAAGCCGCAGCAGCUAAAGCGGCCUCAAUGGACCACCUGAACCCCCAGAAGAUGUCGUCAUCAUUGCCGUCGCUGACGUCGUCCUCAUCGUCUUCGUCGCUAGUUUCAACCAUAACGUCGUCGUCGUCGUCGGACCUGUCGAUGGAGCGAGAGACGCCGGAGGAGCUACUGAGUGAGAUAGUGGAGUUGCCGAGUCUUGGGACGAGUUAUGACUCGAUUGAGUCGACAAGAAACGAUUUUGUCUUCGUUGACUCGGUGGGGGAUGGGUGGGACUAUUCAAUACCAUGGUUGGAUAGUGGGGCUUUUUAUGAACAGAUGGGAAUGGCAGAGAGUGUUAUGUCAAGCAGUUUUGAGGGCUUGCUAUGGCACCAUUGAUGCUUAGCUAGAAUGGUGUGUGUAUGCUUAAUUACCUUCCUUCCUUCCUUUCUUUUUUAUUUUUUAUUUUUGGCCUUUUUUGCUUUUGUUUUCUUUGUUUGUGUUUUUUGGACACUUUGUUUUUAAGUUUUACUUUUUCCUUUGUGAAGGUCUAAACUAAAUUAUAUCCCUUUCUUGCCUCUCAAACU